GGCUCCCCCGCUCGCGUGCUCUGAUAAAUGCUCACACCAACGCAGGCGCACACUCUGGCGCGGGAGGCGCCCCUCCGUGUUGGGAAGCGGGGGCGGCGGGAGGGGUAGGAGACGUUGGCCCCACUCGCGGCUCCGCAGCUGCCGCAGUCGCCGCAGCGUCGGGACCAGCACCAGCGAAGCCCGCAGAGGAGCCGCGGCCGCGGCGUCCUCCCGGCGCGGGGCGCCUGGAGCAGCUCCGGGACGCGCUUCAGCACCGCGGACAGCGCCAGCCGCUCGCGCGGAGCGAGGCACCCACGCGCGCCCAGCACAGCGACCGCCGGCCCGGGGCUCGGGUGCCCUCUUCCCGCCCGGAGACGCCCCAGGACUACGGCUCCGGGGGAAGACCUGGCGCCCCCAGCCCGCGAGAUCGGGCGCGCGCAGGACGGCCGGGACACCCCGCUGGGGAUGCGCCGAGGGCCCCGCAUUCGCGCCGCCCAGAGCUAGGGCUCUGCCCGGAGCCCAUGAGCACCAUGCGCCUGCUGACACUCGCCCUGCUUUUCUCCUGUUCCUUUGCCCGUGCCGCCUGCGACCCCAAGAUUGUCAACAUCGGAGCCGUGCUGAGCACGCGAAAGCAUGAGCAGAUGUUCCGUGAGGCCGUGAACCAGGCCAAUAAGCGGCAUGGCUCCUGGAAGAUUCAGCUCAACGCCACCUCGGUCACCCACAAGCCCAACGCCAUCCAGAUGGCCCUGUCGGUGUGCGAGGACCUCAUCUCCAGCCAGGUCUACGCCAUCCUAGUUAGCCACCCACCUACCCCCAACGACCACUUCACUCCCACCCCCGUCUCCUACACAGCCGGCUUCUACCGCAUCCCCGUCCUGGGGCUGACCACCCGUAUGUCCAUCUACUCAGACAAGAGCAUACACCUGAGCUUCCUUCGCACGGUGCCGCCCUACUCCCACCAGUCGAGCGUCUGGUUCGAGAUGAUGCGCGUCUACAGCUGGAACCACAUCAUCCUCCUGGUCAGCGACGACCACGAGGGCAGGGCCGCCCAGAAGCGCCUGGAGACGCUGCUGGAGGAGCGCGAGUCCAAGAGUAAAAAAAGGAACUAUGAAAACCUCGACCAACUGUCCUAUGACAACAAGCGUGGACCCAAGGCUGAGAAGGUGCUGCAGUUCGACCCGGGGACCAAGAACGUGACGGCGCUGCUGAUGGAGGCGCGGGAGCUGGAGGCCCGGGUCAUCAUCCUCUCUGCCAGCGAGGACGACGCCGCCACCGUGUACCGCGCAGCCGCGAUGCUGAACAUGACAGGCUCCGGGUAUGUGUGGCUGGUGGGGGAGCGAGAGAUCUCGGGGAACGCCCUGCGCUACGCCCCGGACGGCAUCAUCGGACUGCAGCUCAUCAAUGGCAAGAACGAGUCGGCCCACAUCAGUGACGCCGUCGGUGUGGUGGCCCAGGCAGUGCACGAACUCCUGGAGAAGGAGAACAUCACCGACCCACCGCGGGGCUGCGUGGGCAACACCAACAUCUGGAAGACAGGGCCGCUCUUCAAGAGGGUGCUGAUGUCCUCCAAGUACGCAGACGGGGUGACAGGCCGUGUGGAGUUCAACGAGGACGGGGACCGGAAGUUCGCCAACUACAGCAUCAUGAACCUGCAGAACCGCAAGCUGGUGCAAGUGGGCAUCUACAACGGCACCCACGUUAUCCCCAACGACAGGAAGAUCAUCUGGCCAGGUGGAGAGACAGAGAAGCCCCGAGGGUACCAGAUGUCCACCAGGCUGAAGAUUGUGACGAUCCACCAGGAGCCUUUCGUGUACGUCAAGCCCACGCUGAGCGAUGGCACAUGCAAGGAGGAGUUCACGGUCAAUGGGGACCCGGUGAAGAAGGUGAUCUGCACAGGACCCAAUGACACGUCACCGGGCAGCCCACGCCACACAGUGCCUCAGUGCUGCUAUGGCUUCUGCAUUGACCUGCUCAUCAAGUUGGCGCGGACCAUGAACUUCACUUAUGAGGUGCACCUGGUGGCCGAUGGCAAGUUUGGCACUCAAGAGCGGGUGAACAACAGCAAUAAGAAGGAGUGGAACGGGAUGAUGGGCGAGUUGCUCAGCGGGCAGGCGGACAUGAUCGUGGCGCCCCUGACCAUCAACAACGAGCGCGCACAGUACAUCGAGUUCUCCAAGCCCUUCAAGUACCAGGGCCUGACCAUUCUGGUCAAGAAGGAGAUCCCCCGAAGCACGCUGGACUCGUUCAUGCAGCCCUUCCAGAGCACACUGUGGCUGCUGGUGGGGCUCUCGGUGCACGUGGUGGCGGUGAUGUUGUACCUGCUGGACCGCUUCAGCCCCUUCGGCCGGUUCAAGGUGAACAGUGAAGAGGAGGAGGAGGACGCGCUGACCCUGUCUUCGGCCAUGUGGUUCUCCUGGGGCGUCCUGCUCAACUCGGGUAUCGGGGAAGGCGCCCCCCGAAGCUUCUCAGCGCGCAUCCUGGGCAUGGUGUGGGCCGGCUUCGCCAUGAUCAUCGUGGCCUCCUACACCGCCAACCUGGCGGCCUUCCUGGUGCUGGACCGGCCCGAGGAGCGCAUCACCGGCAUCAACGACCCGCGGCUGAGGAAUCCCUCGGACAAGUUCAUCUACGCGACUGUGAAGCAGAGCUCGGUGGACAUCUACUUCCGGCGGCAGGUGGAGCUGAGCACCAUGUACCGACACAUGGAGAAGCACAACUAUGAGAGCGCGGCCGAGGCCAUCCAAGCCGUGCGGGACAACAAGCUUCAUGCCUUCAUCUGGGACUCGGCGGUGCUGGAGUUUGAGGCCUCGCAGAAGUGCGACCUAGUGACCACUGGCGAGCUGUUCUUCCGCUCAGGCUUCGGCAUCGGCAUGCGCAAGGACAGCCCCUGGAAGCAGAACGUCUCCCUGUCCAUCCUCAAGUCCCACGAGAACGGCUUCAUGGAAGACCUGGACAAGACGUGGGUGCGGUACCAGGAGUGUGACUCGCGCAGCAACGCCCCUGCUACCCUUACCUUCGAGAACAUGGCAGGGGUCUUCAUGCUGGUGGCUGGGGGCAUUGUGGCCGGCAUCUUCCUGAUCUUCAUUGAGAUCGCCUACAAGCGACACAAGGACGCUCGCCGGAAGCAGAUGCAGCUAGCCUUUGCCGCGGUGAACGUGUGGAGAAAGAACUUGCAGGAUAGAAAGAGUGGUAGAGCAGAGCCCGACCCUAAAAAGAAAGCCACAUUUAGGGCUAUCACCUCCACCCUGGCUUCCAGCUUCAAGAGACGUAGGUCCUCCAAAGACACGAGCACCGGGGGUGGACGCGGCGCUUUGCAAAACCAAAAAGACACAGUGCUGCCGCGACGCGCUAUUGAGAGGGAGGAGGGCCAGCUGCAGAUGUGUGCCCGUCAUAGGGAGAGCUGAGACGCCCUGCCCGCCCUCCUCUGCCCCCCUCCCCCGCAGACAGACAGACAGAUGGACGGGACAGCGGCCCGGCCCACGCAGAGUCCCGGAGCACGACGGGGUCAGGGGGAGGAGCGCCCCCCAGCCUCCCCCAGGCCGCGCCCGCCCGCCCGCCGGUCGGCCGGCUGGCCGGUCCACCCGUCCCGGCCCUGCGCGUGCCCCCGAGCAUGGGGGCUAACGGGCUGCCUUGUCUGUGUAUUUCUAUUUUGCAGCAGUAUCAUCCCACUGAUAUCACGGGCACGCUCAACCUCUCAGAUCCCUCGGUCAGCACCGUGGUGUGAGGCCCCCCGGAGGCGCCCACCUGCCCAGUUAGCCCGGCCAAGGACACUGAUGGGUCCUGCUGCUCGGGAAGGCCUGAGGGAAGCCCACCCGCCCAAGACUGCCCACCCUGGGCCUCCCGUCUGUCUGUCCGCCCUGCUGCCUGGCGGGCAGCCCCUGCUGGACCGAGGCUCGGACCAGAGCGGCUGAGGACAGGACAGAGCUGAGCUGGCUGGGCAGGGCCACAGGGCACUCCGGCAGAGGCAGGGCCCUGGGGUCUCUAAGCAGUGGGGAGAGGGGCUAACCUGGCCAGAGGGGCUUGGAGCAGAGGCUGAAGCCCCAUCCUUCUCCAGCCACUAGCAGAGCCACAGUGCGGGUGCGAGGCCCCACCUGGCUGGGUCACCCCCUCCUCCAGCGCCUGCUCCUGGCAGCCUCAGCUCCACCCCUCUUUUCUGACCCAUUUCCCUUCUCCGCUUGACCCUAUCCAUCCAGCUGGCCCUGCCCGUCCCCCAGUGGCAGACUCUGACCCUCAGCUGGCCGCUGCCUCCCAGGAGCGCGCUGGGGAUCCCCCACUGCCUCCGACCUUCUCCAGUCCCCACGAGGGCUGGGCCAGCUAGUCGCGUCCUCCAGCCCGCAGCCCAAGAUAGGCUCCCCGCCCCCGCCAACCACCACACUGGCUCGGGACUGUCCUCAGCCCUGCCCGCCAACCUGUACAGGCCCAGCCCUUCCCGUGUCGAGCGCGUGCCUUCCCCAUGCGGCCCGUGCGCAGCCGCGCGCUGCCCCUCCGCCCGGGGGCCCGGCGCGCGCCGCCCCCUGACCCGGUGUGUGCAGUGGUGAUGUCUAAAGGAAUGUCACGGAA